AUGCUAUAUAGGACCCUGUUUCCGAUUCUUACUAACAACAUCUUUUGCAGGACCAAAUUCCUGAACCUGCCUCAAUGGGUCACUCCCGCCAUCGCCUUCAACAACACGACCUCGCUGCCUCUCCUCCUCGUCCAAUCCCUCCAGUCAACCGGUAUCCUCGACUCUCUCGAUGCAUCUAGCGACACCAUCGACCGCGCCAAGUCAUACUUCCUCGUCAACGCCAUGGUCUCGAAUUCCUUAACCUUCGCUCUUGGACCCCGCCUCCUCAACGGACAGAAUGAAGACUCGCCAGAUGANAGAGCCGGAAAAGAAGAAGAGGACCAGGACGAAGCUGAAAGAGGCUCUCUGCAUGAACAGCAGGAGGAGAAUGAGGAAACUUCUCUUCUCCCCAACCGUGCUAUCCGUCCAGGAACUAAAGCUAUCUACAAGACCCAGAAGCGCCUGAGCGACUAUUACUCAUCGCUUUCACCCCGCACACAAGCUGUCUUGGACUUCCUCUAUCAAUUCUGGAACCCACCUCUCAUUGGCGCUGUCAUUGGUGGCAUUGUCGGCUUGGUACCGGUUUUGCACACUCUCUUCUUCAGCCCACCUCAAGAAGGCGGCUACCUCAAUGCUUGGUUGACCUCGUCCAUCAAGAACAUCGGCGACCUNUUUGCAUCUCUCCAAGUUGUUGUCGUUGGUGUGAAGUUAUCUCAAGCAAUGCUUCGCUACAAGAAAGGAGAGCAGAGUGGCAGUGUGCCUUGGAAGCCUUUCACCAUCAUCACUGUCGUCCGUUUCCUCAUCUGGCCUUUGAUCAGUAUUCCAUUGGUCUGGGUCUUGGCCAGCAAGACUAACAUUCUUUCGGAUGACCCCAUCUUGUGGUUUGCCUUGAUGUUGAUGCCUACUGGACCACCUGCAAUGAAACUCACUGCACUCGCUGAUGUCAGUGGUGCCGGCGACGAGGAGAAGAUGAGCAUCGCCAAAUUCUUGACUGUAAGUAUAAUGAACAACCAUUCAGUCUUUCGUCUCUUGUCCAUAUGA